AUGAAUCGACUUUUCCGUGCUAUUCCUACAGCCAGAGUGACAGCUGCUAGAUAUUCUACCCAGCCUAUCCGAGAUCAAAGAAUAUCCAGUCUGGUCCCCCUGAUCAAUGUUGCAAAACCAGCAUUCGCCUCUGACGCCUCCCACUUGAGGGAGGUCCAUGAGAACCUCGACGCUAAAGGAGUGGUCCAAGUACAACUGGGGUUCGGCGACGAGGAUAGCACAUACCUGCAGAGCCUGAUAUCCAAUCUUCACAAAAAUCACAACCACGGUCUCCCUAUAACCCACAGUGCCGAGCGUGGUUGGUUUUGGGAUGUUCGGCCUUCUCCAGCAAGCUUCCAAAGCAAUGGACACCAAGCUCGAUCAGAGACAAUGACUCAGUUUGAAUGGCACACCGACUGCAGCUACGAGGAGCAACCUCCGCGAUUUUUUGCUCUUCAAGUCCUUCAGCCAGAUCGUUGUGGCGGUGGGACAUUGUCCGUUCUGAACGUCGAUCGACUCCUUACCUUGCUUUCACCUUUCGCGCGACAGUGGCUCUCCAGCCAGAACUACAAAAUUACCGUCCCUCCCGAGUUUGCCAAAACUUCAGGGGAACAGCACAUUGUGGGCAAUCUGCUCGCGGUAAAACCCAGUGGCAAUUCCGGUAGUCAACUGCGGUUUAGGGAAGAUAUCACUGUGCCCUUGACUCCGAAUGCGGCCAAGGCUCUGGAUGAGCUGAAAGAAAUUUUGUACAGUGGCGCACGGGAAGAGACUCUCCAUCUAACACCCCAGAGUCUCCCCCAGGGAUCAAUCAUCAUGAUGGACAAUCGACGAUGGCUCCAUUCACGCAAUGAAGUGAAAGACCCCAACCGACAUCUUCGGCGAGUCCGAUGGGAUGCCUUUCCUGAUGACGUGGAUCACUCACCCGUGUCAUCUGAAGGACUGGAUGUGAACCUCCUGAAUCAACACCGCCGCAGUUAUAUCUCAAGACUGAACAGCUGUUCCUCUUCUUGGCCAGCCGGAUCUGUGGAUGCAUCCUGUCCUUAUCCCGUGUUGAUCACUCAACGGCACGACGAUGAGUUGAGGAACUUACACCUCGCCCUGAAAUUGGCAAUUGAGGAUAUCAUUGAGCGAUGGUGGACGGAUGAAGAAGCCCAGUUCCCUUUGCGCAUGCCGUUGGAGCCGGAGGAGGAAGACUUAUUGCGCUGGAUGCACUUGAACCAGGACCUGUUCCCGCCAUGGAAUGAACGACAAGGAUCUUGGAGACCAGACUUUCUGGUAGAGAAAGAUGAAGCUGGCUUGGAGGUUUUUCGCAUUUGCGAGAUCAACGCGAGAUUCUGCUGGAAUGGCUACAUGCAUGCCGGUUUUGGCCAGGAGUCGUUUUCGGCAUUCAAUAUUGAGUCGCGAGGUCUGACUAAUGUCGUGGAAGCUGAAACGAUCAUUGGUGGAUUGUUGGAACUAUUCGACAGCAAACUUCCUUUGCACCUUGUCAAAGGCAAAGAACACGGGUUUGAUAUCUUGAUGUUUAUCGAAUUCGCGCGGAAACUCGGGAUAAAACUACGACUCAUAACUCCAGACACUCUCCGACUCAUCCCAAAUCCCUCCCAGUCCGGGAAAGUGGGAUACAAGCUGUGCUGUCUCGCCGAGGCAGAGGCUGUUGGCACAAUCACAACCGAGUCCGGCGAGAUAGUGGAAGAGAUCCAUCAAAUUGGUCUCGAGCUUCACCAGCGGGAGAUCAAUGCUCUUGGCCAGGAGAUGAAACGUCAGAUCAGCCUACGGUGCUUCAACGACAUGCGAACUAUCCUCCUUGGCCAUGACAAGAGGAUGCUGGGACUUGUUCUUGAAGAGUUGGACUCUUUGAUUACCAGGAACAUCAUCACCCCCAAGCAGGCCGAAUGGCUUGAGCGAGGCGUGGCUCACACGGUUCUACCAGGCUCGACAGGAUUGAACCAAUUUAUUGAGAAUUGCAAAGCCUCAGAUGCGUUCCAAAAUGAGUACCUCCUGAAACCGAUUAGGGGUGGAAAGGGAGCUGGUAUCUUGUUUGGUGAUGAAAUCGGUCAUUCCGACUGGCUAGCUCUGCUGGAACCGAUGCGGUGCCCGAAACUGAAAUCUGGAAACACCCUCUACGUUGUGCAGCGCAAAGUUCACCAACCAUACUAUAACGUGCUCUUGGGAUCGAAUGCCAAACCUGAACGCUGUCAUAUGGUCGGGACCUAUCAUGCAGUUAAUGGUCACUUCCUUGGACUGGGGACUUGGAGAUGUAGUCCUGGGAGAUUAUGUGCAAUCUCGAAUGGGGCUACCUGGAUAUGUUCGGUCAAGCAAUCCUAG